AUGGUGUUUCCAGGCUGCCUGAGGGUCCAGUGGGAUCAGGAGAGCAUGGGUUUGCGGUGUCCUCAGUUUAUGCGGUUUUGUUCCCAGCAGCAGGAAGCUGCCAACAGGGAGAAUGUGUUGCGAAACCUAGCGGACAAGGUCUUUGACAAGCCCAUCUGUGAGGCCCUCUUGGACCAGAGGUUCUUCAACGGCAUUGGCAACUAUCUUCGGGCAGAGAUCCUGUACCGAUUGAAGAUACCCCCCUUCGAGAAAGCCCGCGAGGUUCUGGAGGCGCUGCAGCAGCACAGGCCGAGCCCGGAGCUAACCCUGAGCCAGAAGAUCAGGGCGAAGCUGCAGAACCCAGACCUGCUGGAACUGUGUCACUCAGUGCCCAAGGAAGUGGUCCAGCUGGGGGGCAAAGGUUACGGGCCGGAGAGCGGAGAGGAGGACUUUGCUGCCUUUCGGGCAUGGCUACAGUGCUAUGGCAUGCCGGGCAUGAGCUCCCUGCAGGACGGGCGUGGCCGCACCAUCUGGUUCCAGGGGGAUCCCGGACCCCUGGCACCCAAAGGGGGCAAGUCCCGCAAGAAGAAAUCCAAGGGAGCACAGCAGGGUCCUGAGCACGGAUCAGAGGACCCUCUCCUUCCAAGCACGGCCCCUUCCAGAACACGUGGGGCACAGAGAGGCCUUUCUGAGCAAACUACAGCCUGGCAGCCCGAGGGGACCAGCCUCUCGCAGGACCCAGAAGUCCCCCUAGUCCCUAAGAAAGGAAGAAGGAGGGGGAGACCAACAACCUCAGGCCCCCGCAGACCCCAAAAGAUCAAAGCUGAGAAUGGGGGGACCUGA